AAGAUUGCACAAAUGAUAAAGAAGUGGCUUUUCUGUGUGUGAAGUGAAUGUACAUGUGAUCCGCCAGGCUAGAAGAUUGAAGACUAAGCCUUGAUCUAUGUUCCACCUGCUUCCAACUGCCUGCCACGAAUUCACGAUCACAUGACCCUGGAUAUGGACAUCGUCCUUUCGGAUUUUGUUCGCUCAACGGGGGCAGAGCCAGGACUGGCCAGAGACUUACUUGAAGGUAAAAACUGGGACAUGAACGCGGCACUGAGCGACUUUGAACAGCUGAGGCAAGUGCACGCAGGGAACCUGCCACAUUCCUUUAACGAAGGGCGCAGCUACAAACCCCUGGAGAAGGAGGCCCCUCGGCCCAUGCGGCCACCGCUCCAGCGCCAGGACGACAUUGUGCAAGAGAAACGCCUGUCCCGGGGGAUUUCUCACGCCAGCUCCACCAUUGUCUCCUUGGCCCGUUCCCAUGUCUCCAGCAAUGGCAGCAGCGAACACUUGCUGGAGAUGCCCAUUUGCACUUUCCAGUUGCCGGACCUCACCAUCUACAACGAGGAAUUUCGGAGCUUCAUUGAGCGCGAUCUCAUUGAGCAGUCGAUGCUGGUAGCAUUGGAGCAGGCUGGUCGCCUGAACUGGUGGGUGAACGUUGACCCCAGCUGCCAACGGCUACUUCCUCUGGCCACUACAGGGGAUGGGAACUGCCUGCUUCAUGCCGCCUCGCUAGGCAUGUGGGGUUUCCACGAUCGGGAUCUCAUGCUUCGCAAAUCCCUUUAUACCUUAAUGGACAAAGGUGUGGAAAGGGAAGCCCUGAAGCGGCGGUGGCGAUGGCAGCAAACACAGCAGAACAAGGAGUCUGGUCUUGUUUACACAGAAGAGGAGUGGCAGAAGGAGUGGAAUGAGCUAAUCAAGCUUGCAUCGAGUGAGCCCCGUAUGCACUAUGGUACAAACGGAAGCAACUGUGGAGGUGUUGAAAGCUCUGAGGAGCCGGUAUACGAGAGCCUGGAGGAGUUCCACGUCUUUGUCCUUGCUCACGUGCUGAAGAGGCCCAUUGUGGUAGUGGCAGACACGAUGCUGCGAGACUCCGGGGGAGAAGCAUUUGCUCCGAUCCCCUUUGGUGGCAUCUACCUGCCCCUAGAAGUUCCUGCCAACAGAUGUCAUCGAUCACCACUGGUACUGGCUUAUGAUCAGGCCCAUUUUUCUGCACUGGUGUCCAUGGAGCAGAAGGAACCUACAAAAGACCAAGCUGUGAUCCCACUGACGGACUCUGAACACAAGCUGCUGCCCGUGCACUUUGCUGUAGAUCCAGGGAAGGACUGGGAAUGGGACAAAGAUGACAACGACAACGUCAAACUCGCAAGUGUGGCGUUGUCAUUGGAAGCUAAGCUCCACCUGCUGCACAGCUACAUGAAUGUGAAGUGGAUCACCCUGUCCUGCGAAAUGCAGGCACCCCUUGCCCAGCCCGAAUCCCCCACGGCCUCUGCCGGUGAUGAUGCCCGUUCUGCCCCAGAGUCAGGCGAGUCAGACAAAGAGUCGGUGUGCAGCAGCUCCACGAGCAAUGGGGGCAGCAAGGGCAGCAAGGACAAGGAGAAAGAGAAGCUUAAGAAAGAGCGGGAUAAGGAGAAGGACAAGAAGCGGGCGGACUCGGUGGCCAAUAAACUCGGCAGCUUCGGCAAGACCUUGGGCAGCAAGCUCAAGAAGAACAUGGGUGGCCUGAUGCAUGGCAAAGCCAUCAAAGGUGGAGUGAGCAAUGGGCAGGGUGAUACCUUGGAAAAGAAGAAGAAAGGCUCUUUGAAGUCACGGAAGGGCAGCAAGGAGGAGUCCUCCCAAGGGGACUUGUCAUCACCUGUAGAGAAGACCUGUCCAGGGAAAGCAGCCAGCGAGAAACAGACAGAUGCCUGCAAAUACAGUCAGGAGGUCAAGCUGAGCCUGAACAUCCUGCGGGCUGCCAUGCAAGGUGAGCGCAAAUUCAUCUUUGCUGGCCACCUCAAGACCAGCCACCGGCACCAAUACCAGGAGGAGAUGAUCCAGAGGUACCUCCUGGACGCUGAGGCAGAGCAACAGCAAAAGGAGGCGGAGAAGAAGGCACUGGGCAGCAACGGGGCCUCCAAAAAGAUGGAGCCCGACGGGGCAAAUCCUCACAAGGGGGAGGACAUGAUGCUGAACCCAGCCUACUCCCAGCUGCCCCCCACGUACAGCCUCCAGGCCCCAGAGCUGGCCAUGGGGGGAGCCAGGAUGACAGCGUUUCCUUCCAGUUACUCCGGGGUCUUCACCAUUCCCAGGCCCUCUGUGGUGAGCAGCACGGACGGCUCCCACCCACCCAGCUAUCAAGACGCCAGAAGGCAGGUAGCAGGGGGGUCCUGCAGCAGCCUCCCCGCGUACGCGACCUUACCCAGACAUUGCACUCAGGGGCGGCCUCACCCGUACCAAACCAGCCCUUCCCACCUGGGGACGUUCUCCCCUACCGAGAUGGACAUACCCCUCAAUUACCCCGUCGAGUGCGACAGCCCUCCCUGUGGCGCCCCCCACAGCAACGGCUACAGGGAAUACGUAGAGCAGGAUAGCUUGCAGAAGGGAGCAGCCACGGACAAAAGCAGAGGCUGUGGGCUUUAUGGCGUUCAACAGACCAAAUGCAAGCAACCAAACUGCAGUUUUUAUGGGCAUCCGGAAACCGGGAAUUUCUGCUCCUGCUGUUACCGAGAGGAGCUGAAACGCAAAGAAAGGGAACGAGAAGCACUAAUACACCGGUUCUGAGGGCUUGGCCUCAUGUUCACGUCUUGGACCCAUGAAGUAUGGGGAAUGCAAUAAUAAUUCUUUCCAUGCUCCUCUUUCUUCCUCCCUCUUGACCGGACGGGGGGUGGGAGGGGAGCGGCAAAUGUGAUUGUGCUAUUGUGUGUAUAGUGGCAGUCCAUUUGAAAAGGAGGCGAGGGGGUGAAAAAAAAAAAAAAGAAGAGACAACCCUUCCUUCCCAGGAGACUGAAAGAGCAAGAGAGAUGCUAUCAAACAGGCUUCUUCUGGUGAAAGGGGAGCUAAGAUAGCAGCCCCUGUAGGGCUCCCCCCGUGGGGAGAGACGCCAGGUUCUUACCCGAUCAAAUAAACCAGACCAAAGCUUUCAAGUUAAGGCGCGUGGAGAGUUAUCCUGCCUGGGGUCCUAUUCUGUUGGAUUCCAACUUAACCUAAUUUAAAACAGCUUCAUUUUUUUUUUUUCUUUCUCUUUCUUCUCCAGCAGAGUUAGCAAAAAACCCACAAAAAACAGCCCAGCAAUUUCAGUUUAAAUCAUGGACCUUUUUAUUAAGAGAUUUUAACACUGGUUUUAUUUUUAGUCUUUGCUGGUACUAAGAGGAAUUUCAAGUUGGAAAUGGACUAGUUUUCCUGCUCCCUUUAACUUCCUGGGGUCCUGCCAAGCCCCAGUCUUCUAGAUCACUCUCACUGGAUGUCUUCUGAGCACACCUCCUAGCAGCAGGGUCAGGGCUGUACUCUUCAGAUGGGCUUGACUAUAUUUUUAAGAUUUUAUUUUUAAACCUUUUUUGAGGGGAGGGGUUUUGGAGGGAGGGUGUCAGGGGUGGGGCAGGGGAAGCAAUCUUGGGUGUGUGGGUUUUCUUACAGAAGUACUGUGCAUAGCCGUUCUGUCAGUGAUACAGUCAAACCGACUUACUAAGAAUCAGCCCAGAAAUCGGGUCAGUGCCUCCAUCAGCAAUAACCAUUGGUGUGGAGAAGCAGAAGAGACCGGCCAAGCGCCCUGCAGCAUUGGAAACGACAGCCCUCUCCCGGUUUGCUGCUAGCUUCAGAAGUGUGUGUGUGUGUGUGUGUGUGUGUAGAUAGACAGACGCAGACAGACAACCAGGUACAUGGAUACGCAUACACAUACAAACACACGCACGCAGACGUGCACGCGCAGUUUUGUACUUGAUCAAGUAACUUCCAGACUACCUCUGUUUUGUCGAAUAUGAUGAACUUGGCUCCAGUUCUCUGAACCCAGUGCUGACUUUGAAACGAUGGGUAACAAAGAUAUUUUUGAUCACGGGUCUGAAGGCCGCACUAUUGAAAAAACCAAACCACCCCAAAACAAACCCCCUAAUUGUUACAUAAGUUAAACACACUUUGUGGUCUGCAAUUUUUCCUUCCUUCUUCCCCUUCCCAAUCUCUGCAGCAAGAGCCUGGACAAACAAGAAUCAUACUCAAAGGAAGUGUUUGUGGUGGACCUAACUUUGCACAGGUUUUUUCUUUUAUUUGUUUUAACCAUCUAUCCCAGGCUAGAAUGCUCCAUCCUUCCAGGCUUUUAUGGAGCACUGCAAAACCAUUCUCCAUGUGGAAGUUAAAUACGGAAAUGGUCCUGGACAAUGCAAAAUGCAACGUUCCCUUUGUUGCUCUUCAGAGAAGUGACUAUGCAAGGAGAUGCCAUUUGAAGCCUGCCUGCUUUUCACUGAGCAGGUGAAAGUGUACUUACACUGGAACAUCUCCUAGAGCCUUUUUUUCACUAAAAUGCUAAAUCUUUAUCUGAACACCCAUGUUUUACCAGUUUAACGUAAGGGUGUUUUUAAAACAUGGUCUUGUCCGCAAGAGAAAGCGGCAUGGGUUUAUCUAAAGGUGGGUUUGAACCAUGAGGCGCUGUUAGACUAAGCUCAGCCGGAACAAACGGCAACUCUGGGUUUGUCAUGGCUUGGCUAAAUUGAAGUGUUAAGCAGGUGUGUAUCUUUGCACUGAAAAGGCCUUAGCUCAUAUGGUGCUAACCCCCUUUUAGACAUCCUGAUUUGGGUUUGAAAGCCAUGUUUCAGUUGAGUUUUCACCUCUUUCCUUCUCAGCUUUGGCUGCACGGAUACAGGCCAGCUGCCUGUUGGGUUCAGGGGUGUUCUGUCAGCCUGCCUCAUUUAACUGCAUUGAUUUAAGCUGCGCCUUUCAUUGAACCAGUGCUGUUUUCCAUGCAGAUAAACCCUGCAGCCCCUUUGCGCAUCCACGGCUGCCUGGAAGUCUGAUAAACCAUCAAUCAGCCCCAUAUUGUGGGCCCUUUCUGCUGCCAAAGCACUGUCCUGCAACUUCGGUGCAGUAGGAGAAUGUUUCACCUGAGUAUCAUCUUUUUUCCUUCCCCGGAUCCAAAACAGCAGCUCUGCAUUGCAGAGGAUGACAUUUUUUAAGCUCCCACUCAAGUGAUGGGAGUGAAGGGACUGUAUUUGGCAGGGCCUGUCUUCACCUGGUCGUGAGUAGGAGAAAGGCGAGAUUGAUGUAUUUCCAAAGGGGAUUUAGCUCCAUUUCUGGCUUGCUCCAACCCACCAUCACCAUUUGUUCCAUUUGGACCAAACCAAUAACAAGCAAAAGCCCAUGCUCCUACUUUUAGCCCCCACAAGCAAGGUAGUAACAUGCUCCUGUCCUGAUGGCAUCAGCCUGGGCUUUCACUAGAGCUCAGUGAUUUUUGACCGUGGAGCUGAAGCAUCAGAAGCACUUUCUACAUGUCAGGCCCCUUUUUAAGGUGUCUUAAAAGGACCCCCAGAAGGCGAGACCCAUAUUCACAGCCCACUGCUGACAAUCUCGGUGGUAAAAUGUGAAGCUAGACCAAGCAAUUAAUUUUUAAAGCAACUUCAUCUUGGAGACUGGCAGCAAGCUGUAUGCACAACACUUGUUCAGAGCCACCCUGACCAUAGCUGGGAGGAUGCUAGCUACAGAUUACUAAAUAGGUCAACUCUUCCAAACAAAAUCCAUUUCUCUCUUAUGUGCUAGCAAAAUUGUCACUGCUCUGUUAUUUUUUUAUUCUAUUUUUUCUUUUAAAGGGAGCUUCCUUGGGUGCUUCACGCUGUCCACUGACAAUGAUCUUAUUAAGGACGUUUGACUGUAUUGUCAACCCUUCCCAGGCUUGUUUGAACCCAGAUUGCUAUACUGUGGUGUGAAUGUAAAACCUGUACAUAGUUGAUAGGAGUCUGAACGAGUGAGAGAGAAACACGUACGGUCAGACUGCCGCAUGCCAGGACCCAAUUGCUUUUAAAGUUGGGUGAAGGGGGCAAUGGACAUUUGAGGAGGUGAAAGGCACGUUGUUUUCUGGUUCAACCCAGACAAGAGAUUUCUUUAGGGUCUUAACCUUGCGGUUGGCUUCUGGCAUUGGCUCGUCUGGCCCUUUUUUAUUAUAAUUACUAUUGCGGUUACGUCUAGUUCAUAGCUUUUUUAAUCAAAAAGAAAAAAAAUUGAACUUCAGACAAAAUUAAGUUUCCACUAAAAGAAAAAAGAUAUUUGAAGAGUAUUUUUUCUAUAAAGGACAGAAUUUCAGCUAUUACCCUGAGCACACCCGUUUCCAAAGCCUGCCCGCCUUAACUACGUCAUAAUGAAUUGACUAGCAAGAAAAUUGAUUGAAUUUUUCUGUAGAACUGCUAAGGAUUUUUUCAGGUCAUUUUUGUUUCCUUUAUGGUGAAACUUUUUAGGGGGGGGGAAAAAGGGGGGACUAUGAAAUGCAAAUUCUAUUUAUUGAAAGAAUAUUAACCAUCCGCUUUCCUUCUUUUGUACACAUCCUUAAAUCCAUCGCCCAUGCAGCAUGAAGAUGGCUGUUGUGAGGUUAAAUAUUUUACGGUACCUAUUUUUUUAAAAGUGGGUGGGGGGAGAGGGGAAACACAGGGGAGUGGGUUGGGAGGGAAAACGACAAAACAAAUCAAGCAAUUUCUGCUCUGACGCACCUUUCAUUUAAAGUGAGCACCAAAUGCUCCACUUUUGUAUGCGUGGGGGGGGGAACCAUGCAGUAAGGCGAGUUUCUGUGUCCAGGUCAGUGCAUAUCUCACACAGAAGCCAGCGAAGAGGAUGCCGAGGCACAAGACACACGGCAGACUCCCCGAGGACUAGCCUCAGAGACAGAAAAAGGGCACUGGAUCCUGCUGUCUUCGUAUAAGUGCACUUAGGGGUGCAGUUGCAAGAACUGUUGCUUGCCAUUAGGACCGGGGUUUCCUGUGCAGCCUCCUUUAAUUCUGCACCAUCCUGGCUUUGGAAAGCUACAUUAGAGGGUUUUAAAAACUAUUAGAAGUUAAAAUAUUUUAAUGAACCAUUAACAAGCAUGUCAUCGUGCUGCCCUCUGCCCCCGGGUGACCCUCUGGCUUUGGGGCAGAGGAAGCAUGGUUGAGGCUAGAAGGCUCGCUGUUGUAUUUCACCUACUAGACUUGAUUUCUGCCAAAACCCAGAUGUAGUAUUUGCUUUUUAUAAGAGUGACUUUUAAAGCCACGGAUGAUCUUAGCAGGCCUGUCGAGUCUCCAUAGGAAGGUUUACCACGUCUCUGCUUUUCACUAGUGAUAUGAGAAGUGACCUGAAUUAAUUCUUCAAUUGUUUAUUGACAAAAAAACCUUUUUUUUUUUUUUUUUUUUUUAAUUUAAAUAUUGGGUUGGCAACUUUUUUACUCAUAGUUUAAAUGCACUGCUGUAAUGAACACUAGGUGGCGCUUCGUGAUCAGUCUUAUUACACCGUAUAUUUUCAGUUAUGCUACCAUAGAUUUCACUGACCAAUAAAAAAAGGAAAAAAAGAAAAAAAGUUCAACUAAUAACCGUGGAGUAGCAGGUGUGACUUUUCUUCCACUUCCUACUGAAAUGAGAGAUCUGGGAUUUGUGUGUGCAUGGCCCUGGCGCGCACACUGAAAUUCACUGGUUAAUCGCACCAUGAAUUGAACCUGGCCACACCUGCAAAGAUGCCACCAGUGAAUUGCAUGAGAAUUACUUUGUGGUUUUGGCCAAUCUGCAGGUGUGGCCGGUCUCCACUUAUUGCGUGAUUAGCCAGUGAAUUGCAUGAAAAUUACUUGGUAUCCAGGUUGUAGACUUACUGGUAUAGAGGCAAAAGCAAUCAGGACUUGUGGUAGAGGUGAUAUCUUUUAUUAGACCAACUACAUUUUUGCAACAAAAAAAAAAAUCUUUAAUUUUUUAAAAUGAGAAUUACUCUGCACUUGUUAAUCGCGCAAUAGGUUGAGACCGGUCCUGUACCUGCAAAGGAACUGUCACCCCAUAAAAAUCUCUCCAGCUACAAAAAGAGCCAGCCUGCUAGAAAUGUAGUGCUUGAAAAUUUGUAACAACUCUACAGCUGGUUUCUGUCCAGCUUCAACUUGAACACAUAACGGGGCUGUGUGUGUCAAUAGCAUGUGUGAGAUUUGAUUUAUUUUUGUAUUCGAGUAGCCUCUAAAGGCUUCAGGUUAUUCUGUAUCAGGUACAAACGUCUAAUAAAGACGGUCUUAGCCAUCCA